UCGAAGCGCAGGCAAUUGACGUCACUGAAAGCGCCAGCUUGAGCGGCGAGAGGCGUCGCGCUGCGACGUUUGUCGGCCAUGGAGGCUCUGACGGGUAUCUCCAAGCAAGGCAUCCGUGAACAAAUUUGGGACUAUAUGGAAUCACAUGAUUUAGCUGACUUUCCCAGACCUGUUCAUCACAGGAUUCCCAACUUUAAGGGGUCUUACCUGGCUUGCCAAAGCAUCAAAGAUCUGGAAGUCUUUGCUGGGACACAGGAGGUGAAAGUGGACCCUGAUAAGCCCCUGGAAGGUGUCCGGUUGCUGGCACUACAGAGCAAAAAGACCCUGCUGGUCCCAACACCACGACUGAGGACAGGGCUGUUUAAUAAGAUCACACCACCUCCUGGAGCCACUAAAGACAUACUGAGGAAAUGUGCCACCUCCCAGGGUGUGCGGAACUUCAGUGUCCCUGUGAGCUUGGAUUCCAGUGUCCUCGUGGAUUUAAUUGUGGUGGGAUCUGUUGCUGUGUCUGAGAAAGGCUGGCGAAUUGGGAAGGGAGAAGGCUAUGCCGAUCUUGAAUAUGCCAUGAUGGUGUCGAUGGGAGCUGUCCACGAAGGGACACCGGUUGUCACCAUUGUCCAUGACUGCCAGGUCGUUGACAUCCCUGAGACUCUUCUGGAGGACCAUGAUCUCACCGUCGACUACAUCAUCACUCCUACCAGGGUCAUUGCUACAGGCUGCACACGCCCAAAGCCAACAGGGAUCAUCUGGUCCAAGGUCAGUGGUGAGAUGCUUACGAAAAUCCCAGUACUCAGGAGCCUCCGUGAGCGAGAGAAGCGGGCCGGGAAGGAUGUCGCUCUUCAAGCUGAGCCUGACAGCCAGUGCCCAGCUCCAAGCACUAUCAGGAGACCCCGGGAUAUACCACAGUCACACGCAGGUGCCCUAGGAAGGUCCCACAGCCCCCUGCAGGGGGUGGACACCCAACUAGCUGCCACUGUGCGUGUGGAAAACCUGCCCUACGAUGCUCGUGUACGUGAGCUGAAGAGAGCACUCCAGGAGCUGGGGGCAGUGCCCCUGAGGCUUACCUGGCAGGGGCCCCAGCAUAGGGCCAUUCUACACUAUGCAGACUCAGCUGCUGCCCAGCAGGCUGCCUCCCGCCUUCAGGGCCUACAUCUAGGUGCCAACACCUUGAGGGUGGCACUGGGGCAGCAGAGGGAUACGUGACCUGGUGAGCAGCCUUCAGCAGAAGAGCCAUGCCCUCUCUGUUGUUGGGAUAUCUCUGGCAUGUGACAAUUUGCCACUGAUGGUAGCCUGCUGCUCUGUGAGGCCUAUGCUGUCUUCCUGGGAAGAGCCAAACUUUCCUGAUGGGUAGGGAUGUGUAGCAAGCAACACAGCCCAACUCUCAGGAUCCUGCGAGCUCUUACUCAUUCUGACCCAUUCCAGUUCCGGUUGUGAAGUCCAUGUGACGCUCUCUGGGUGCAGAAGGUUUAGGGACUGAGCAGCAGGGACAAGGGGUAGAGAAUGGAGACCUGAUUUAGGAUAGGAGAGAAAGUAACAGGCCCGCAGAGAAGAGGCCAGGGCAAGGAUCGAGGGCAGGCAGCAGAGCCAGAAGGCUGUCCUUGUGAUCACUGCAGACCCCCAGUCCAGCAGAACAGGAGAGGGGAGCACGGACAUACCACAGUGUGCACUUGUGUGGUCAUGUCUACCCAGGCUGUACAGCUGUAAGUCAACAGGCUUAGGGCUUCACUGUCCCUAGGGGAGGAUGGGGAGGAGGAGGGGGAGCACUUGUGCCAUGGAUCCUAGGCAGAAGUCAAAAUAAGCAUUUACGUAGAGAGUUUGAUUCAUUCAAAUGUACAUGCCUGAGAAGUUUCUUAUUUUUACCAAUGAGUCUUCCACAAUGUCCAUUAACAUUGUCCUCUGCCCCAGAAGGGCAGGCCUUGUUCCCAUAUUUUUUGUUUGUUUGUUGCUUUAUUUAUUUUUUUUUUCAAGACAGGGUUUCUCUGUGUAGCCCUGGCUGUCCUGGAACUCACUCUGUAGCCCAGGAUGGCCUUGAACUCACAGAGAUCCACCUGCCUCUGCCUCCCGAGUGUUGGGAUUAAAGGCGUGAGCCACCACGACCCAGCCUUGUUCACAUAUUAAAGAAAAAAAAAAAUCGGUGACACACGUCUCCUUGCAGGGACCCAGCCUUAGAAAACUGCUAGAGCCAGGCGAUGAUGGUGCACACCUUUAAUCCCAGCACUCCGGAGGCAGAGACAGGUGAAUUUCUAUGAGUUCAAGUCCAGCCUGGUCUACAGAGCAAGUUCCAGGACAGGCCCCAAAGCUACAGAGAAACCCUGUCUCGAAUAAACCAAGAGAGAACACUGUGCUAGUUCAGUAAUCCCUUCCAAGUUGUCACAGGUGCUAUGAGGAGUGGACAUGGGAAGCAGGCCUCGAGCUGUGCUGGCCUCUGGCCUUGCACCUGCUGGCCUGGCCUUCCCUUCUCACUCCUCCCCAGCACAGCCACUGGCCAUUCCAUCCUCUCCCUGCUCUGCUUUCCCCAGGGUUCUGCCUGCAUUUGGGUCCUCGACUGCCAUUUGUGUCCCUUUUAGCAUUGAUGUUCCCCGUGGGACUGCGGCUGCAGGUUAGCAGCAUGGAGCUGUCUUUACCCUCUUGCUGCAGACCAGCAGGGCAUGAGCAACUCAGGAAAUCCCAUGUUAUGUGAGCUGUCCAUCAGAGCUGGGAAAUGGGGAGAUGACCCUUACCCAAAAAUCAGCCAAGCCUGACUCCAGUCAAAUGAUCACUCAGGUCACCCAAAUGGUAUGGCCCUCUUGUUGCUUGGGGCCAGAAUAAUCCAGAUGUGUUGACACAUAAUCUGAGCCACUUGUGUAUUUGUGUAAAGUGGCAUCAGCACUGAAGCCCGGGUGCCCUUGGUCUCAGCCCUGGUGGAUGCUGCAGGGCGUACCCUGUCUCAGGAUGCCUUCAAGUCUUGUUCCCCAGGUGGCUGGUGAGCCACAGGUGACCAAGUCAUUGCUUCCUUUGUUGCUGUGAUUGAAUAGCACAUAAUAAAAAAUGGACAGAAAGAA